CGAUGUGGACGAAGAAGCUCCACGUUUUGUUCUGCUUAUAUUAUCCUCUCCAGCAGUGCUCAUCUUGUCUUCCAUUUCACCAGAAAAGAGGGAAUUCUACCAAAUAUCAUGGCCGGCGGAGGCGGAGCCACCACGGGAAGUUCUCUGCUGCACACUCCGACGUGGGCGCUCGCGGUGGUUUGCUUCUUCUUCAUAUCGACCUCCCUCAUUCUUGAGCACCUCAUCGAUCUCCUCACCAACUGGCUCAAGAGACACCGGAAGCGCGCCUUGACGGAUGCGGUGGAGAGACUUAAAUCUGAGUUGAUGCUGCUAGGGUUCAUAUCACUGCUCUUAGCGGUGACCCAACAAUCGAUAUCAAACAUAUGCAUCUCCGCCGAGCUCGCAGACACCAUGCUUCCUUGUAAGAAGCAAUCCUCGACGUCUGCCGAAUCGAUGAAAUUCCAAGUCGAGCGCUUUUUGGGGGAAAUGGUAUUGGUGGCAGCAUCCACAAACUCGUCGACGGCAGCCAGCGGAGCCACGUCUCGGAAACUUCUAUGGCUCCCAUGGCGGCAACUGGCGGAUGAAAAAAACACGACCGCGGUGACGGCGACAAACAGCACAGCCAUCGAUCCUUGCAGCUCAAAGGGAAAGGUGUCAUUGGUGACCCCAGAAGGGAUUCAGCAGCUCCAGAUCUUCAUCUUCGUGUUGGCGGUAAUGCAGAUUGUGUACAGUGUUAUCACCAUGGCUUUGGGCAGAUUAAAGAUGAGGCGUUGGGAAGCUUGGGAAAGAGAAACUCAAACUACCGAGUAUCGGGUCGCCAACGAUCCAAAUAGAUUCAGAUUCACAAGGCAAACGACCUUUGGGAGACGGCACAUGACGGCCGGUUCAAACACGUCCGUCAAUUUGUGGAUGAAAUGUUUUUUCAGACAAUUCUUUCGCUCCGUCGCGAAAGUCGAUUACCUCACCCUCAGACACGGUUUCAUCUCGGCUCACUUAUCAGCUCGCAAUAAUAAUUUCAAUUUCCAAAAGUACAUACAGCGGUCUUUAGAUGAAGACUUCAAGGUUGUGGUCGGCAUCAGCCCCGUGAUGUGGCUCGUGGUCGUCAUAUUCAUGCUCGUGGACGUUCAUGGGUGGAAUGUCUAUCUCUGGGUUUCUUACGUCCCGCUCCUGUUGGUGUUGAUGGUCGGGACCAAACUGGAAGUGAUCGUGGCGAGAAUGGCUCUGCAGAUGAAGAACCAGAACAGCGUGAUCAUCGGUGCUCCGCUCGUGAGGCCGAACGACGACCUCUUCUGGUUCGGCCAUCCCGGAUUCGUCCUCACCCUUCUUCACUACACGCUCUUCGUGAAUGCGUUCGAACUUGCGUUCUUCAUAUGGGUCACGGUACUCUUCGGGGUGCAUUCCUGCUAUCACGAGCACACCGUGAUCAUCGUGACAAGAGUGUUUCUGGCGGUUACAGUUCAAGUGCUUUGCUGCUACAUCACUCUUCCCCUAUAUGCGCUUGUCACGCAGAUGGGUUCGCGCUUCAAAAGCAAAGUCCUGGAGGAGCAAAUGGCAAACGUGAUAAAGCAAUGGCAUGCCGAAGUGAGGGAGAGAAGGAACAACAGCCAUAAGCUGGGACAGUCCUCCUUCCAGUCCCCUCGGACUUCUCUGUCUCUCGAGUUGAACCCCUCGAGGGCGAGCCCCGCUGCGAAUUUCGACCCUAUGCGGUCGUCCUUCGGAGCCGCCCGGAGGGCGCCGGACCUAAGCGCUCCCUCGUCGAGUAGCCACGCGAGAGGAGAGAUCACAGAGGAAGGGUUCGGCGAGGAUGACGAGGCAAGAGUCGAAGAGGGAGGUUCUUCCAGUUCCAGGGGCAAGUCUCGGGCUUCCAUGCUAUACAUGCCGUCGUUUAGGCGAUAAUUGAGUCGGAAAAAUUGAAGAGAGAGAGGUGGAUGAGCAUUUGUUUUUCCUACUGUACAAGUAGGUGAUGGCAUCAUAGUGCAUUACGGUCACGAGAGGGAGCAC